CUGGGCGAUGUCCCUGUGGUUAGGCCUCCGCGGAGGCGGGUGCAGGAAGGGCCUCCGGAGACUUUCGGGGGCCACGGCCGGGGCCGGGGUGGCCGCCCCGGGCAGGGAAGAGGAGGAGGCGGGCGACGAGCGAGCUUCUGGGCUUUUCCAGCGCGGCUGCCCCCGCCCGGCGCGGGCCGUGGGGGCGGAGCGUGCGCGGCGCCGGGAGCGGCCGUGUCCCCGCUGACGCGGGCUGGGGAACAUGGAGCCGGGCAAGAUGGCGCCUCCCAAGAACGCUCCGCGGGAUGCGCUGGUGAUGGCACAGAUCCUCAAGGAUAUGGGGAUUACGGAGUACGAACCAAGAGUUAUCAAUCAAAUGUUGGAAUUCGCUUUCCGAUAUGUGACUACCAUUCUGGAUGAUGCAAAAAUGUAUUCCAGCCAUGCUAAGAAACCCAAUGUCGAUGCAGAUGAUGUGAGACUGGCAAUCCAGUGCCGUGCAGACCAAUCUUUUACCUCUCCUCCCCCGAGAGAUUUUUUACUGGACAUUGCAAGGCAGAAGAAUCAAACCCCUUUACCACUGAUUAAGCCAUAUGCAGGACCCAGACUGCCACCCGACAGAUACUGCUUAACUGCUCCAAACUAUAGGCUGAAAUCCUUAAUUAAAAAGGGGCCUAACCAAGGAAGACUAGUUCCACGGUUAAAUGUUGGCGCUAGUAGCAGACCUACCACUCCUACUGUAGCAACCCCACAAACAAUGUCUGUCCCAAAUAAAGUUGCAACUCCAGUAUCAGUGACAAGCCAGAGAUUUACAGUGCAGAUUCCAACUUCUCAGUCCACACCCAUCAAACCAGUUCCUACAACAACGGCAGUUCAAAAUGUUCUGAUCAAUCCUUCAAUGAUUGGGCAAAAAAAUAUUCUUAUUACCACCAACAUGGUUUCAUCACAGAAUUCAGCCAAUGAAUCAAAGACAUUGAAGAGAAAACAUGAAGAUGAUGACAAUGAUACAAUGUAAAGAAUAUAGUCAAGGUGCAUUUCAAAUGUGUAGUCAAUUUUGAGCCCCAUGUACUAAAUGAGAACAUUCUAGAUCUUUUCAAGUGUUAUCUUAGAAAUCAUAAAUAUAGCUGCAAUAGUUAGAACUGUUAAGAUUUAAAAGUGAGCACCAAUUUUUUUCAUUAGGCUUAAAGUACAAAGUGUUUCUUAGUUUUAUUAAUGUCGAGACCUACUGUGGCAGUUCUAUUUUUGGAAGCAGUUUUCUCCAGGAUCACUGACAACAGCACUAAAGUUUGUUUUUACAGUCUUACUAGCCUUACCUUACAAUUUCCACAUACAUUCAACUGCUACUUCCUUUCUGUAAGGUAAGGCAGUCACCAACUUUUCUGAACAGAUCUAAAUGUAGGGUCAUAGUUUGGAGGAUGGAUUUAGAGAGAUUCUAAAUCCAUUUGAAUGUAUCUGUUUCUUGGUGUUCGUUACUUCCCAACCCCUCAAAUGUGUCUGGAUCCUCCAUUUUCUGCACAUUCUACUCUUAAAAAAUUUUCUUCCUAUGACAAUUUAAUUUAAAAGUCAACAAAUAGAAUAUUAAAUAAUUCCUGAUAACACAGCUCCAUAUCAUUUUCAGGCUUUUCUUUAAACCUGCUCUUUAAACGCCCUGAUGUAUGAUGUUCACUUAAACCCAAAGGGUUUGCAUUUACUUUUUUGUCUCUAUACCAGAGCUGUUGUUUUUUACAUUUAAUGUCAUACUCUGCUUUGGACAGGUUGUUUUUUAGUCAUUUACAUUCAAUUUCACUCUCAUACUUUAAGUUGAUAAUUCCACUGUAUUUCACAAUUCUAAAUUUAACUCAGAUGCUACCACUUAAAAUCUGCCUUAAUACGUUAUUUACACUGGGAUUAGGCAAAAUCACUGAAUAAAAAGUUACUUUUUCUUUUUACCACAUGCAUGGACUGGAGCGAUAGCACAGCGGGUAGGGGGUUUGCCUUGCAUUCGGCCAACCUGGGCUCAAUUCCUCCACUCCUCUCGGAGAGCCCAGCAAGCUAUCGAGAGUCUCCGGCCUGCACAGCAGAGCUUGGCAAGCUACCCGUAUCGUAUUCAAUAUGCCAAAAACUGUAACAAGUCUCACAAUGGAGACAUUACUGGUGCCCGCUCGAGCAAAUCGAUGAACAAGGGACAACAGUGCUACAGUGCUACCACAUGCAUAUCUGCUUUGAUCACUACUGUCUGAAUACUCCUAAUGGUAUAAUUCAGAUCAUUUUUCUGGUUUGUUGCGGAGGAUAUAUAUAUAUAUAUCAUAUAUAAGAUGAGACCUAAAAAGGUUUUCUUCCUGAGGAAAACAAUAAGGAAAUCAGAUGAGUGUGAUGUGACUUGUACUUAUGUGUACUUCAUUUCCCGUAAGAUGGUAUGUUGCUAAUCACCUUUUCCUAUGUGCCAUUUAAAUCUACCUGAACAUCUUAUUGGGAAAUACUGCACAGUUUAAAAAUACAAAGACUUAACAUUAUUUCUAGGUUUGACAUAACUAACAUAAAGAUACUUUGCAGAAUUUUCUAAAAUGUAUUUUCCUAACAUAAUUUAGAGCAUGUAUAAGGGAUCCUCAAAUUUUAAAACUUAAAUUUUGUCUUAGGAUGGUACUUGAUACAUCAAAGAUAAGUAGCCCAGGAACAGGAAGACACGUCUCGUCACAGUAGGUAUACUCAUCACAGUAGGGGAUGAUAAAAGAAGUGGUAUCAAACUUGUAACAAAAGAACUGAUCAUCAUAGGAGAGAUUCAUUAUAUAGCAUAGGAAAUCAUUACUUGAAUGUUCUCAGGGAGGCAGCAUGUCAUAAAGCCUAGUUUCUAGUUCUGGCUCCGUAAUUUUUCAUUUGUGACCUUACUUCACUUAAGCCUUGUUCUCCUCACUGGUAGGAAAAUAACACCAGCCUUGCCUACCUCACAGGGAUGUUGUGAGGUUUAACUGGUAUAUGUGAAAGUUUGUAUUUGUUCCAAGAUUAUUAAUAAAAAAAUUGAGCUUA